AUGAUAAAUGUUGGAGCAGGCAGACGGAGAGGAAGGAGAGGGAGGGGGAAGAAGGUGCGAUGGUUUCACCGGCUUCUCGGCUACAGGAAAGCGAUCUCCCGUUCAGGCCUCCAGCACCUCGGUCCACCUCAGCCGUCGCUGCCUCCUGCAUCCAACGGGCCCAACAAGGAGCUACGAACCUAUGUGGACUGGACGGAGAACGCCGUGAACGGGGAUCACCUGUGGAUGGAGACGAGUUGUUCAGGAGAGCUGUGUUAUCUCGGAGAGGACACGUGUCUGCUGAAGACCGCA